AUGGCAGAAGAUUGGCAUUCGAUUGCGUCUCGGAGUCAGUACACUAACAGUCAACCCUCAGAAUUCCUGUCGGGGACUUCCGAAGUGAGUGUUGAUACAGCAUCAGUGUAUCAUCCAGAAGUAGCCGAGCAAGAAGAUCGAGCAAUCGCUCGCGCGAAGCUGUCGGUAGCUUUUGUUCUUGUUUUGGGUGUUGCUGGCUUGGCAGUUGGCGUUUACACUCUUGUAAACGACCAAGAGCAGGAGGGGUUUCAGAACAAUUUUGCUGGAUACGGGUCCGAGGUGAUACAAGUCGCUGAGCAGAAGGCAGCUCAACUUUUCAGAGCUUUGGAUGCGUUCUCAGUGGGUGUAGCUUCUGCGGCAAAGGCGAAGAACGAAAGUUGGCCGUUUGUCACUAUCGACGACUGGUCUUUGAAAGCCAAGAAACUUAUAGACCAAGCAGAUGUCAGUGACACUGCAAUGGCGUUUUUACCAAUUGUCCAAAGCGAUCAAAGAGAAAAUUGGACAGCAUACACAAGCAAAUUGGCACCAAAAUAUUACCAGAAUUCUAUUAAAAACGAGGGAAGGAAUGUAACUGUUGACUAUUACAUGGAAAACACUGUGCCAUAUAUCCACUUUUACAACGUCCACGACAACUUUGCAGUCACUCCUAUUACGUGGCCCAGUUUCUCGCUGCCGGUGUGGCAAGUUUACCCUCUUCGCACUGGCGCCAUUGUUCCCGAGAUUGAUCUGCUCGUCACAAAUUUUGAUAUUGCUAUCGAACCAACUGCUGGAAACUUGGCGGCUACAUCGAUUGCAGCUCGCUCUCCCACAAGUGAUUUCACGCCAUUGGUUGAGGAUGUUACCACCGGAAAAACAAGAGCACUUAGUGCUAUUCUGCAACCAGUCUAUGAAGAAAUUGAUACUGAUGCCAAUGAUCGGCGUGUGGUUGGAUUUGUUUGGUUCCGACUGGACUGGGCACUCUAUCUUCAAAAUAUUCUGACAGAAAACACCAAUGGUAUUAUUGCAGUCAUCCGUGGAAGUUGCCCUAUCAUUGAUGUAUUCGACUAUUCUUUUGGACAAUCCUCAGAAGGGCAAAAUUUCGCGGGCCUGGUGCUAUCGUACAGAAUUGACGGGCCAAAGGCAACAUUUCUGGGAGCGGUUGAUGCACACGACCCAGAAUAUAAUGGGAUGGAAGAAUCUGGUGUUUUUGUUGACCUUGAUAUUGAUCCAGCAAAUGUUCCUGAAGGUGGAUGCAUUCCAAGAAUGACACUGCAUCUUUACCCUUCUGGUGAUCUCGAAAAAGAGUACAAGACUCCGAACGCAUUCAUAUUUGCUGGUUUUGUAGCUGCCGUUUUUGUGUUUACAAGCUUGGUGUUCCUCGUCUAUGAUUAUUACGUGAAAAAGCGACAAAAGAAAGUCAUGGACCGCAUCAUUCAACAGGACAGAAUCGUGGCUGAUGUCUUUCCAUCCGCCAUCCGAGACCGACUGUACGGUCAUCCAAAAGAUGAAAAACAAUAUAAGAAAGGAAGUGCAUUUGACCUUCUUGGAUAUGAACAAGAGUCCGCGAGCGUCGCAGCCGACGCUCCUUUGGCUGACCUUUUCCCAAACACGACAGUCGUUUUUGCAGAUAUUGCUGGAUUCACAGCAUGGUCAUCAGCACGUGAGCCGCACCAAGUGUUCAUACUUCUAGAAUCAAUAUACGGAGCCUUCGACAAGAUGGCCUAUCGCCAUGGAGUCUUCAAAGUUGAAACGGUUGGCGACUGCUACGUAUCCGUUGCCGGCUUGCCUGACCCCAUUGAUGAACACGCAGUUGUUGCAUGUAAAUUUGCCCGGGACUGCUUGAGAAAGAUGAAGCAAAUAACUGUUAAGCUGGAGGUAUCAUUAGGACCUGAUACUGCUGAGCUAGACUUGAGGACAGGAAUCCAUAGUGGGCAAGUGACAGCAGGUGUGUUGCGAGGUGAGCGUAGCCGAUUCCAGCUCUUUGGUGACACUAUGAACACAGCUGCUCGAAUGGAGAGUAGUGGAGAGCGGAAUCGCAUUCAACUAUCUCAAGCCACCGCAAAUCUGCUACGUGAGGACGGCUUUUCGAAAUGGAUUGUGGCAAGAAAAGGCAAGACAUUUGUGAAGGGCAAGGGAGAGAUGCAAACUUAUUGGAUGCGUACUGGAGCUAGGGUGGAGUUGGGUGAAUCUGAUGGAGUGAAGAAAGUGUACGAAACGGCGGAAACUGUGGAAGAAAAGAGUGAGGACUUUGAUCUCGAAAUCGAAAACUUUCAAGGCAUGUCCAAGAACGAGCGUCUGGUUGAAUGGCAUAUUGAGGUACUGUCCACUCUCUUGGAACAGAUUAUAGCUUCGCGAGGGGGCAACACCAAAACGAUCGAUAAUCUUGCUCCUUCAGAGACCUCGUUGGGGCGAGAUGGAAAUGUCCUUGACGAAUUCAUUCCUAUCAUUCCUUUGAAGAGACUCAACGAAGAAGAACUGAAACUGCGGCAGAAUCCGAGUUCGAUGGGCAUCGGGGAGAAUGUCAAGCUCCAACUGAGGAAUUAUCUUUUAGGAAUCGCCGGCAUGUACCGAGGAAAUCCAUUUCACAACUUUGCACACGCUAGCCACGUUACUGCUUCAGUGAAAAAACUCCUAUCACGCAUCGUCAACACUGGUGAUGGCAAUGGCCUAGGCCGAACAAAUAGGAGGCCAAGUGUCAACAUGAUCGAUCUUGCAGGUCAUUCGUAUGGUAUCACUUCGGAUCCACUGACGCAGUUUGCUGUGGUAUUUUCUGCGAUUAUUCACGACGUGGAUCACCCCGGUGUGCCAAACACUCAACUGGUCAAGGAAAAUACCAGAAAUGCACAGAUCUACAAAAAGUCGGUAGCGGAACAAAACAGCGUCGAUUUGGCAUGGGACCUGCUCAUGCAAAAGGAAUACGCUACUUUGAGAGCAUGCAUAUACCACUCUGAAGAAGAGCUGAAGCGCUUCCGCCAGCUGGUGGUGAAUACAGUGUUGGCGACGGACAUUGUUGACAAGGAGCUCCAAGCACUUCGAAAGAACAGAUGGGAGACAGCCUUUUCUGGUGCAGUGGAGAAUGAUAAUAGUACUCUCAACGAUGAUCGCAAGGCAACCAUUGUGAUUGAGCACUUGAUUCAAGCAUCGGAUGUCUCUCAUACGAUGCAGCACUGGCACAUAUACAAGAGUUGGAAUGAGAAGUUCUUCAUGGAAUGCUAUGGAGCCUUCAAGGCUGGUCGAGCUGAAGCUGACCCUAGCAUCAAAUGGUACGAGGGGGAGAUUGGUUUUUUUGACUUUUAUGUGAUACCGUUAGCAAAGAAGCUUGAUAACUGUGGUGUGUUCGGAGUGUCAUCAGACGAAUACUUGAACUAUGCACAAGGCAAUCGAGACGAAUGGAAACGAGAGGGGAAGCAACUAGUUGAAGAAUUCAGAACGAAGUAUGAAGAAAAUGCAAGAAAUGGAAAAGGGGACAACGAGCACUGGAUUUCUUCCAUUGCUUCAUGA